AUGCGUUUAACAAAGCUCGGCUUGACGCCCAUUGUCUUGCUGUUCCUCGUUGCCAACGUGCAAGCUGGGCUGGUGCAUAGGCAAAAUCGCAAUGCAAAUUUAAUUGCAGCUCCUGCUGAGGAAAAUCUGAUACCGGUGCAGAUUAUACAAGAUGGGCAGCAGCUGGAAACCACGCAGAUUAAGACUCAACCAGAACCAAUACAGACUAGCGAAAGUGCACAUUCGAAAACCAGCGUAGAAAAUAACGCAGCUCUCAUAUCCGAAAUCAUCGCUGAGAAAAUCGCAGAGCCCAUUGAAAGCGCAGCUAAUGUGCAAACCGCUAAUGCUUUGCUUAAAAGCGAACAACAACAGGACGAGCAAAUCAUUGAACAGGAAAUCAAACAGGCGAUAUUGGAUGAGAAUCGUGAGCUGUUGCAGGCUGUAUCCAAUGCUGAGAAUAAAGCGCCAAUAGAGGAGGCCAAGGAUCCGCAGCAGUUACUAGAUCAAGCGCAGGAAAUUAACACCGAACUGAAGGACGGUGUACCGGCUGAAGCCUACGAAGCCGCUGCCGCUUAUUUCAAUGCACCUGAGUCUCCUGCCACGGAGCUGAAUACCGCCGAUGAAGUAAACAGCAACGAUCAGUUGAAGUCCGAAUCAUUGGUCAUCGACAGUGCACCUGCUGAGUCGCAGAAUGCAGUUGCUGUGGAACAGCUUGUUUCCAAUGAACCCAUUGUGGUUGCUGCUGUCGUUGCUGAUGAGCCUGCGUCUGCCUCUGUCGACCAACUGCGUCAAGUAGCAGCUGUUGCCGGCGCCACACAGGCUACGCCCACCCAAACCACUACCCAACCGAACUUUGUCCAACAAUUAAUACAAAAUUCGCCGCUUGGUCAAUUUUUCGGACAACUAUCCGGCCAACAACAACAACAGCAGUUGGCUACGCCGGGCAUACAAGUGGCUGCUGAUCAGCCUGCCACACCUGCACCAACACUACCCGGUUUUCUGAAUCCUCAAAACGCUAUAACUCAAGUCCAAAAUGCCGCACAGAGCGUUGCAAAUGCCACCGCACAAGCUUUCCAGGGCGUUCAACAGUUCGCCAAUAAUUUGGGUACACAAUUUCAAAACACACUAUCGAGUUUGAGUGGCCAACAGCAACAAGUACAGCUAAGCACUGCCGAUGCAACCACACAACGUCCUCCUGGUCCCAUACAGUCGCUGAUUAGCAAUUUCGUCGGUGGCAACCAACCAGCUGGUGCAGCUGCAGCCGCCGGUGCCACUACCAGUCCCGCUCAACAAGGACCUUUCCAAGGUAUUAUCAGCUUUUUACAGGGCGGCAAUCGACCACAAGCUGCUGCUACAAGUGGCACCGUAGUGGCUGUUGCACCCGCUCCAGCUGGCUCUAUUAUACCUGCAGACCCGGUACAGGUGGACAACAAAGUUGACGAGGUGAAAACCGAUGACUUGACAAAUGCAGUGGCAGAGCCAGAACAGUUGCCAGGAGAGGAAGGUGGCGAGGUUGAUCAAUCCGACAAUGAAGUGCGAAACAGCGCCGAAGUUGGUCUUGACUCUCUGGAGGAUAACAAUGCGGAUCAGUUGAUUGUUGUCGAAGACGACGCAAGUCAGCAGGGACGCAAGAGUGUUGAAAAGAUCGAGAAAGCAGCAUAG